AGAAAACAGGCGUAUUUGUCUAUUUGUAAUAAUAUCUUUUCCGCGAGGUUGUUAGUUGCACGGGAGAAGCUAUUACUUCUUAUCAAAUAAGAUUUUUAAAAUCUAAUUGUGCUAGACCACUGGCCUAAGAAAAUAUAUAAAGUGUAGUCAAGAUGGCAGCUCUGGGAUCGAGGCUGUACACGUGUUAAUGAAGUCAUGAAUAUGGACAUUUUUUUUCAUGUGGUCGAUUUGAAUAAGAAAUUACACCAAGAUUAAUUAUGUUUGAAUUUUAUAAGGUGGAAAUGCAGUUUGUCUUUUAAAGAAGUGCAAUAUAUGACAGAACAUAUGUGCAUACGGCUGCUUGUUGUCGAGGUUUAUAUUAUACACAUGAAGUAAUACAUAUUAAAAGAACAUUUUGCAACUGAGAAAUCUGCGCUGUUUGGGUCGUCGAUUUUUACCUGAGGCCGUCAUCGGAUAUGUUUACUGAUAAGUUACCGUUUGUGGCUUCGAUACUCAUCUGUCUUCUGGUCCCGGGUAGCUUUACAUUAUCACAGCUUCAACUGAACAGAAUAUGCUCUCCAGGUUUGCAGCUAAAUACCCACCCUACAAAGUGUGACCAGUUUGUCCACUGUCAGUACGGAAGGGGCUAUGAACAAGCGUGCCAUGACGACACACGCUAUAACCCUAUGCUUGGCGUCUGCGACUGGAGGAGAGACACGGACUGUCUAGCUAUCAUACUACACCACCGAAGACUGGGAUGCUGGAACGAUCCUCAGCGGCAGUUUUUCUCCCGUUACGCUCCAUUCUACGCCUACAACGUCUCCAUUCCAUUUUACUCCAAUAUGUCCCUACACCUUGACGCAUGCGUAAGAGGUGCACAUGCUGCUGGAUUUACAGCGUUCAGUGUCGCGCCCGACGGCAGCUGCUGGACCAACCUCAAAGGGAUGUACGACGCCACCACACCUCAAUAUCGAAUGAACAAAUGGUGUUCUUUGGAAGCUAUCCCGGACCGUCAAAGGCUAUACUUCGCAAUUGACGUCUUUAUCCCAGGAGUCCCGCCCACCAUUACCUCCGAGGAGGAGGUCCCGGCCACUGUGUUCAAGCACCGCCUACUUUCCCAGUGUCUCAAAGAGAAAAACCCUCUCAGAUUUCCAGGUGGUUAUGGUUGUCACUGCGGGGUAGGAGGAUCCGGGGAUCCGGUGGACGGAAUAGACGAAUGCUGUCAGAAACACGACGAAUGUUUCGCAAACAUAGACCUUAAUGGUAUUUGUGCCUGGGCACAGUCGCCCUAUCUGGUGCCAUAUCGAUACGACAAAUGCCACGAUCCCUACUGCAAGCCCCCUGAAUACUACUGGUGGGCAGGCUCGUGCCGUUCGCAAGUCUGCGAGUGCGACGCUGCCGCCUUCCGGUGCUUUAAGAGACACUUGCCUAAUUUCAACGACGCAUUCGUGAAUUAUGACAAACAGGCCAACUGCUGAAAGGAGCGCUUGUUGAACCAACCAUGAGAUCGCUACUCGCAAAUCUCCACAACCCUGACCCUCUAAAGAAAGACAAUGCACCUAAGGACAGGAUGCUUAUCACGGGCUUUCAUAAUUAAAAUUAUUCUACAGAAAGCUUAUGACCUGUGUUCGAGUCUUUUUCUGAGGCUUUUAUAGCAUAGCGUAGUUUACCGAGAAGAAGAGUUGCUGGUAAUUUUUUUUCUGUGAAUACUAAAUGGGUUAAAGUUAGUUCUGGAAAGACACUUUAACCAAUAAAUUGCAUCAUAGGUAUGAUUCCACAUUUUUGCGAAUUUCAAAUUAGAAACGUUUUCUCUUAAGGACAGAAGAUGUUUAAACUCUUUGAUAGAGUUAUCGAAAGACAUUUUAUUUGAUGGGCGGGUUUUGACCACGCAAAAAAUAAAUGAAGAAAUAUAUUAUGAAUAAA